AUGGCUGCUGAAGUCCAGGUUCUGGGGGACAGAACUUCUCUGAACCUCAUUCCCAUUGUCCUGGAAUCAUGGCUGCUGAAGUCCAGGUUCUGGGGGACAGAACUUUUCCAGGGGGGUUGUGGUGUGACUCUAACACCUCCUCGUCCUCAGGACUCAUCGCUGCCGCUGGCUGUCUUCGUUUGGGAUGUGGAGAAUUCCGGUGAUGAGGAGACUGAGGUGACCAUCAUGUUCACCAUGAGGAAUGGAAGUGGGACCAAGACGGACCGAGCCGGGGGCCACUGGAAUGAACCAUUUCAUCUCGACAAAGAGGGGGAGGCGGUUUCUGGUGUGCUUCUUCAUCACUGUACUGCUGUCAAUGCCUUCACCCUAGGCAUAGCUGUACGAGAGAGGCCCGGCACACGCGUGUCACACUGUACGGAGUUUGAUCCCAGCGGGAUGGGGCAGGACAUUUGGAAAGACCUUCUAGAAGACGGACGUCUGGACUCCACCAGCAGUCCCAGUUGUCACACAGUGAAGGGGAAGAAGAUCGCGGCGGGCGUUGCCGGAGGGUGUACGGUGGCCCCCGGGGGACGUGGGACUCUGGAGUUCUGCCUGUCUUGGGACAUGCCCCGGAUCCGCUUUGGUUCUGGGGAGAGAGAGUACUGCAGGCGCUAUACACGCUACUUCAGCAGCGGGGGGGGAGCGGCCCCGGCGCUGUGUCACUACGGCCUGACCUGCUACGGGGGAUGGGAGCGGAGGAUCGAGGCCUGGCAAGGUCCAAUCCUAGGAGAUGAGUACGUACUGAGGGCACCGGAGAGGUAUACG